AUGGAGCUGACUUACCGUCAACCUGCUGGGUCAGUCCACACAGAAGGCAGCACGUCUCGUGAUAGUAGGGGCAGAUUAGGCCGAACUCGUACUUAUUCAGAUACGCCUUCUACAUCGCGACGCUUUCUUGUUGAUGUCGACGAAACCAUUCGAGUCCUUCUCGAACAGGAAGAUACAGAUGGGGAUUCCCGGAUUAGUAUCACUGACUCGGGUCCAAAAGUCUUGCCCCUCGGAACGGCUACGAGCAAUGGCUUCAAUAGCUUCGACGUUCGAGGUACUUACAGCCUGUCCAGUCUCCUGCAGGAACUGGCACUCGCUGCUAGGAACCGUAAUCAGAAGACUAUUGUCCUCGAUGAAGCACAAAUAACCGAAACCCCGGUCGAUCGGAUCUCCCGUAUGAUCAAGGACUCAUUCUGGUCGUCGUUGACACGAAGGAUUGACGGUGAUGGCUUGGAAAAAAUCUGUGCAGACCCGAAGAACUAUUCAGGAUCAACUAAUCUACGCAUAUAUGUUCCUCACGACGAACCUGAAAUGGUAGAGUAUUAUAGAAAAGUGGCGCAUGAGAAACCGCAUUUGAAGCUGGAGGUGCAAGUACUCCCGCCGAAGACUGACGAUCCGGUAUAUAUGAAGAGCUUGAAUGAGAAACCUGGAAUCCUCGCGCUUGCUAUGGAGCGGGUUGAUGAUGGAAAAGGUGGUAAAAUUCUCAAAGGGAUCCCGUUCGUCGUUCCUGGGGAUGUUUAUAACGAACUGUACAACUGGGAUUCGUACUUCAUCGCCCUGGGGUUGAUCGUUGAUGGUAAAGUGUCGCUUGCCAAGGAUAUUGUCGACCACUUCAUCUUUGAAAUCAAGCAUUACAACAUGAUCUUGAAUGGCAAUCGGACCUAUUAUUUGUGUCGCAGUCAACCUCCCUUCCUUACCAACUUGGCACUUCAAAUAUACAAACAACUUGACCCAUCGAAGGCAGAUGAAAAUCGUGCAUGGUUGAAGCGGGCUAUUCAAGCAGCCAUUAAGGAAUAUCAUAGUGUCUGGAUGGCGGAACCGCGUCUUGACCCCAAAACGGGACUGUCCCGUUAUCGUCCUGAUGGGCUUGGCAUUCCACCUGAGACGGGAGCAGCGCCAUUCUUGCAUAUAUUUGAACCUUAUGCAGAGAAGUCUGGGCUGUCCGUCAUCGAGUACAUCGAGAAGUAUGACAGCGGAGAGAUUCGUGAACCUGAGCUAGACGAGUAUUUCAUGCACGACCGAGCUGUACGAGAGAACGGACACGACUUGUCGUACCGAUUGGAGGGUUGCUGUGCGAAUAUUGGGACCGUCGACCUCCAGGCGCUGUUGUACAAGUACGAAAUCGACAUCGCAACGACUAUUCUGGAGGUGUUUGGUGAUAGGCUUGAAAUGGAAGAGGAUUUCUCUCUUUCACCAUUCCCUAUAACACCCGAAGCGUUUAAGAACCCGAGCAGGCGAAGCUCGAUUGCGACACCCCAGACGAGUGAAGAAUGGUUCAAGCGUGCUGAGUUCCGGAAAGAAAGCAUCGAUAAAUAUCUAUGGAACGAAAGCGAGAACUUGUACUUUGACUACGAUACUGUUAAAGAAAAGCAUGGUACGUUCGAGAGUGUUACUGCAUUUUGGAUGCUUUGGGCUGGUGCGGCUAGUGAAGAGCAAUGCCAAAAGCUUGUGACCCAUUCUUUAAAGAAAUUCGAAGUUGCUGGAGGCUUGGUAUGUGGAACAGAAGGAUCUAGGGGAGAGAUUGGUCCUGACCGUCCGAUUCGUCAAUGGGACUACCCGCCACCUCAUCAGAUCCUGGCAUGGGUAGGACUGGAACGCUAUGGCUACCUUGAAGAUGCACAACGAUUGGCGUAUCGAUACCUCUUCAUGAUGACCAAAACUUUCGUCGACUUCAACGGUAUCGUACCUGAGAAGUUCGAUGCAGUUAACCUGACUCACCUCGUCAACGGAGAUAUUGGGAACCAGGGUACCAGUUUUAAGAUGGUUCCCGGCGAAGGCUUUGGCUGGACGAAUGCCGCAUACCAGGUGGGGUUAACAUUCUUGACAACUCAUUUGCGCCGUUCUCUUGCUGUCUGUGCACAACCGGAAUUGCUGUUCCGUGGUUCCGAGGCCACUUAA